AGUUGUCUCUAUAGGCACGCGCCUUCGAAGGGGGGGUUGGUCGGGCAUUGUCUCCAAGCAGCCAAUCACAGAACGCGCGUGUGCCGGCGCCGGGGUCCUCUGUAUAAAUAGUGGAAGUUUCUCAGAAUCAGCACAAACACUCCUCUGUUAAAUCUCUAUCAACAUCUUUGACUUAGCUUAUAGCUUCUGAACUAACUUCAACAUGCAGACUGCUGGAAAAUCCCUGAAGGAGGCUUUGAACUGUGCUCAGAGCGAGGAUCGCCUCACUGUUGGUGUCUAUGAGAGUGCCAAAAUAAUGACUGAUGACCCAGACAGUGUGUCUUUCUGCGUCCUGGCCACCGACGAGGAGUUUGAGUGUGACAUCGCUCUCCAGAUCCACUUCACCCUCAUCCAGUCGUUCUGCUUCGACAACGACAUCAGCAUUGUCAGAGUGAGCGACAUGGACCGCCUGGCUGAGAUUGUCGGUGACAAGUCUGGUCAACUGGAAGAUGCUCACUGCGUCCUAAUCACGAACCCAGCUGAUGGUGCUUGGGAGGACCCGGCCCUGGAGAAGCUGCACCGGUUCUGUGAGGAGAGCCGCAGCCUGAACGACUGGGUUCCUGAAAUCACCCUGCCUGGCCGCUGAACUGGGACCUUACUCUUCUCUUCUGAGAUGCUGAAUACCCGUUCUACAAGGAAAUACUCAUCCUACUACAGGAUGACCCUGUUUCUCAUCCCUGGAUCCUCCUGAGGAGAAUUCCAAUCCAGGCAGCGCGUGGCCGGCCCGAGGGGCCCCCGCGAUCCGUCGUCUCUUGUACCGUCCAUGCCAAGGUGACUCUCAUUCUUUAUGUGAAUGAGGUCAGGUAUGCCACGAGAGCGACAAAAGGACCCUCAUUCUUUGUGCGGAUGAGGUUUGGAGAGAAAGGAGAAGCGAGUUCUGCAUCCUGUGGUCCACAGAGCGAGAGUCGCACGUUGAAGCACGCGCAGUAGGAGAUGAAGCGGUGCUGAGAAAGAAGCAUUCUUAAAAAGGGACUUUUUAAAAUGUCUUCUUGCUGAGCAACACUAACACCGUUGCUGCCAGCGAAAUAUUUCCCACUUUCCAGAAUGGUCUUAAUUUUCUAAAGGUUUCACUUUAGAUAAUUUGAAUAUGUCAAACGUUAAAAAAAAAAUUAUGAAACUAAGUAAAUCACUGUUCUCUAAAGGUUUCACUUUAGAACAUUUGAAUGCAUCAAAAAAAGAAAAAAACAUUAAAUACAUUUGUCUUCAGAGAUGAUUAGUUAUCAUGACAAAGAAAAAAUAAACUAUAAAUCUACUUUUGUCUAAAGUUUUUAGAAAUAUUUGUGUAA